GCAGAGAAUCAUCCAAUUUUGCUUUGAAGGGGAAGAAAGAGAAACUCCGUCGUAGUAAAUAUUUUUUUAUUGUUGUUGAUUUAAUCCUGUGAUCCCACAUCCGCGCGAGGCUCUCCGUGGCCACACAAUCCCCCCACAAUGGCUGCGCUACUUCCUCCGGAUCCCGUGUACAGCUUGAGGUGUGCCGACAUGGGCCCCGUGCACAGUAUUUGCUUUGACAAAUGCGACCGAAUCUGUGCUGGAACUGCUUCCGGACGCCUCUUCCUCUGGGACCUGCAGACAAAUCGGUGCCUGAUGAACUUCAGUGUAGCCACAAAGCCUGUCAUUGCGCUGCAUCGAGACAACCAGGAUGGGUUGUUGAGUCAGGAGAAGGGCUCCCUAGUGAAACUCUGGAAGCUCACCAAUUGCGGCUACGAAGAGGUUCAGCAAAUUGAGACUGAAAGUGGCAACUUCUGCCGCAUAGACUGCUCAGAUGAGAGGGAUUUGGUGGUUGUGCCCAAGGGGGAUAAUCACAUGGAGGUGCACAGCCUCCGGGAUUUGAGUCCGGUGCUGAAAUUACUUCCCGAAUGUGAGGAGAAUGUUGGUGCCCUGAUGUGUUUGAGGAUUAUAAAUCCCAACGCUGGGCAUGUGUUGGGUGCUUUUGAAUCGGGGCAUUUUAUUGCAUGGGACCUGAGGAUGGGUCGUGUGAUGUCGGUGGAGAAGCUAAAAGAAUCUCCAAUGGCCCUUGACUACGAUGAUCUCACAAAUCGUGGCAUUUACGCAGGAGCUGCCGAUCAAAUCGGCGUGUUUGCCUUCCAGAAAUCCCAAAUGACCCUUCAGGAACGCCCAGAGAUACCCCUGAAGACCCCAAGAGUGAGUUGCCUACGAAUUCGCCCUGAUCGGAAGAUUUUCAUCUCAGGCCAAUGCAGUGGACGUGUCCGGGUGUUCUCAUGGAAGAGCCUCAGACCCCUGGCUGUUCUCACGGAGCACAAGAAAACCAUCCUCGAUGUAGCCUUCUCUCCUGGACCAGUUGAUCUCUGGAAGGCACCACUCAUGGCUAUUGCUGGGGAGGACAGUCAAAUUACCCUCUGGGACAUUUACAACUGAACCACACACAGGAAAACUCCUCAAACAUUUUCUUCUUUACUUUUUUUAUUAUUCACAGAGACGCACCUCCUCGUGGAGAGAACGAAAAAAAAAACAAUCGUCAAAAAAAGAGAUAAAUUCUUCCUAAUACUGACUCCCCAUCUAAUGAUACAACACACCCACGCCUCCCCUAUUCCUAACCACAUCCCAGGCAACAUUUUUAGGAAUUUCUCCUUUCCCAGUUAAAGAGACAGAAAGUCCCCCAAAGAGAUUCAGAAGCAGCAACAUAGAUGAUAACCCCUUGAGAACAUUUUAUGAGCGAUUAUAUUUGGACUGAUAAAGAGAAAGUUUUGCAAAAAGAACUGUUUUUGUUUCUAUUUAUGUACCUAUAUUAUGUAUAUUUGAUUACGAUGAAUAAAUUGUUAAAAAAUCUCA